AUGAAGUUGCAUUGCUCACAGGAUACUUUGGUCGACAAGUACCGUCUAAACAACUCUACACUUCGUUCCCAACGCAGGAAGCUUCUCUCUCAACAAAAGCAGAAGGAGGAAAUGGGUGAAGUUUUGCACGAAGUUGAUUUCGAACAACUGAAAAUUGAAAAUGCCCAAUUUUUGGAGAUAAUCGACAAGAAGAAUCAAGAGUUGCUGCGACUCAAACUCGCCGCUGGCAGAGUUGCACAAACCUCAGCUUCCUUGAAGAGAAAACUAACUCAACUGAGUAAAGAGUCAAUUUCACUACAAAAUGAGAUUAAAAACCAUGAGGAAACGGUCGCAAAGACAACGUUAGAGACAGCACAGGUAAUUAGGGAGAAGCAAAAAAUUGAAGCGAGAAUAGCUCACUUAAGCAAGUUGAUGGAGGACUACCGUGUCCCGCCGGUGAUGGAUUAUGUGGACAGCGUGCGCGAAAUGCGAAUACUUAAAAGGAUGGCAAAGAUUCAGAGUAGAAAAGUCGAUAUUGCAAAGGCAAGUCGCAUCUCUUGUUAA